CGAGAGUUUUCACUCUGAAAAUUUAAACCACAAAUUCACCAUGAUCGCAAAGGCUGUUUUCUUAUGCGCUGCCCUGGCAACUUGCAAUGCCAACGUCCAUCUGAAAGCUCCCCUCAUUAGCACUGGAGUCAGUGCCAGCUCUAGGACGCAAGAUGCCUAUGGAAACUAUGCUUUUGGGUAUGACAUCGUUGAUAAACUUGGAGCUUCCAACUCCAGAUCUGAAGUAGGUGAUGGUUAUGGCAACAAGAAGGGAACCUACACCAUCCAUGAUAUCGAUGGCAGAGCCAGACGAGUAGACUAUGUAGCUGAUAAACUUGGAUUCCGUGCCGCUGUAAAGACCAACGAGCCAGGAACCGCUGCCAGCACCCCUGCUGCAGCCCUCAUCGCUAGCCCUUAUGCUGCACCAUCUGUCGACCAUAUUGCUCCUAUUGCCACUGCAGUCUACGGACAUGCUGUUGCAGCUCCAGUUGUAGCUGCUGCUCCACUUGCAGCUGCUGCUCCUGUUGCAUAUGGAGGCAUCAUCGGACACGGAGCCGCUUUGGGAUAUGGUUAUGGCGGGGGAUAUGGAUAUGGAGCUGGAAUUGGCAAAGCUCUGAUUCAUUGAAAUAAGAGAUAUAGAUAUGUCGAUCUUCCACAAAAUAUAAUUUAUUGAUAUUGUAAAUGUGUUAUGUUGUAAUAAUAAAUCAUUACACACCUGCAAA